AGGCAGCAUCGGUCAUUGAUUGUACAUCACCACUGGCUUUAGCGUUGAGAAACCAGAUCUGCUGGACAUGGCAGGGAUCGUGGCGUGGUUCUGGAACGAGAGGUUCUGGCUUCCUCACAACGUAACCUGGGCUGACUUGAAAAAUACAGACGAGUCAACCUUUCCGCAAGCCGAGGACCUCUAUCUGGCGUGUCCUUUAGCCUUCUGCAUGUUCAUGAUCCGGCUGAUCUUCGAGAGGUUUAUUGCCAAGCCAUGUGCUCUUGGUUUGAAAAUCCAGACCAGUGGGCCACAGAAGGCUCAGCCCAAUGCCAUUCUGGAGAAGGUCUUCACUGCCAUCACCAAGCACCCUGAUGAGAAGAGGUUAGAGGGCUUGUCCAAGCAGCUGGACUGGGACGUCAGGACAAUCCAACGCUGGUUCAGGCAACGACGCAACCAGGAGAAACCCAGCACACUGGCACGCUUCUGCGAGAGCAUGUGGAGAUUCACAUUUUACCUGUAUAUAUUUACUUAUGGAGUACGAUUCCUGAAAAAGACUCCGUGGCUGUGGAACACCAGAGAGUGCUGGUACAACUACCCCUAUCAGCCAAUAACGGCGGAUUUACAUUACUACUACAUACUGGAGCUCUCCUUCUACCUGUCUCUGCUCUUCACACAGUUCACAGACAUCAGAAGAAAGGACUUCCUGCUCAUGUUUCUGCAUCAUGUGGCGACAAUCUCUCUGAUCACCUUCUCAUAUGUAAAUAACAUGGCUCGAGUGGGAACGCUCGUCAUGUGUCUGCACGAUGCAGCUGAUAUUCUACUAGAGGCAGCUAAAAUGGCCAACUACGCCAAAUGCCAGAGAUUGUGCAACGUUCUGUUCAUCAUGUUUACUCUGGUGUUCAUCAGUUCCAGAUUGGGGAUAUAUCCUGUAUGGAUUUUAAACAGCACUCUGUUUGAGAGCUGGGAAAUUGUGGGGCCGUAUCCAUCCUGGUGGGUGUUUAACCUGCUCCUCAUGCUGCUGCAGGCCCUGCACACCUUCUGGUCUUAUCUCAUAGUGCGCAUCGCCUGUAGGGCCAUUUCCAGAGGCAAGGCGGGAAAAUGGAAUCCUUUGCAUGUGUCAAAGGAUGACCGCAGUGACAUUGAGUUCAGCUCUGAUGAAGAUGAGGUUCAGCCUCCCCCACAGAAACACCACACUAAUGGGACCAACGGGGCCCACGGCACCAACGGAUACCUGUCCUUGUCUCCCUGUCCAUAUGAACACUAACUGUCCAGCUCUGGACAUUUCACUGGGUCCCAGACUGCUGAUGGAACCUGCAACACUCUGUAGUGUCAGAACAUGAACAUUGCUAGUCUAGUUCUGGAAAUUCUCAAUAAUGUGAAUGCGGUUCUGUUUUCUCCCAGAUGUUUUUCCCUUUAUGUUUUGUUUGUUUGCUUUCGUUUUGUGGUUGUUUAACAUGCAACGAUCAUUGGCACUCAGUUAUCACAGCAACUUUUAGAUUCAAGUGCAGCUCACUGUUUGAUUUUUAGCACAGUGGUUCUCAACUGGUGGGUCUGUUCUGAUUGGGUUAACACAACAGGGAAAAAACAAUGCCAAAUGCAAAUAAUAAAAUGCAACUAUCAAUAUAAUCAUACUGACAAAAGAUUUAAAGGUUGUGCAUUCAACUGCUGCAAAUUAAUGUGCAUAUCAUUUGGCAGGAUGCCAACAUGGGCAGGUUGCAUGACAUCCCCUCCCCUUACAAAAAAGCACUGUGCUGGUGCCAUGGUACAGUGAUCGUUUCAGAUAGUAACACUAACACAGAUAGAGUUAUUUGGUAUUACCGAAAUGCAUCUAUCGUUGUAUUUACAUGGUACUCCAAUAUAGAGAUAGACCGAUAUAUCGGUUUUACUUAUUAAUCAGUGCCGAUUUUUCCUUUUUGGAACUAUCAGGUAUUGGAAAAAAUCUAUUGCAAUUUUUGUUUUUAUGAGACAUUUUUUAUGUGUUCCUCUUUGGCCGGCGCUGGAGAAUUCUACUGUUAGACAGUAUUGGUUUGUACAGUGUAACAGCAGCUUAUAAAGGUGAAAUAAAAACAAUCACUGACACUGAAUCACUAAAAUCUUUCAUCAUUGGCAAAAUGCAUCCAUAUUUGUAUAUCUUAUUUGUUAUAUUUUUAUAUCAUAUUUCCUUAUCUUGUGAAUUAUAAUAAAAACCUCAUCUGAUGAUGAUUUAUAUAUACACUGGCAGCCAAAGGUUUGGAAUAAUGUACAGAUUUUGCUGUUUCAGAAGGAAAUUGGAACUUUAAUUCAUCAAAGUGGCAUUCAACUGAUCACAAAGUAUA